AUGACAGCCGACCAAGGUACCCAUGGCGUGCCAGAAGGUAUUGCCGGCCCUACAACGCAGGAGAAACCCGUGGCAGGGGUAGUGGACCAUGUCGAUGUGGUUGAUAACGUCGACGUCGUCCAGGCUACUCACGUCGACGGGACCGUCGAUCUCGUCGACAAGCGAGCAAUUGGUGGUGAUUUGAAUGAGAUGCCCCCAGGCUAUUUCCGCAGUUGGCAAUUCAUUGGCACAGUCGCUGCCGCCACGUUCAUGAACAUGGCUUCACAAGUGAGCUGGGUCAUGCCUGCGAAUACACUCAUGCUGAUGGACCAAGAUCUGGGUCCCUCGAAAAACAUCAACUGGGUAGCAACGGCAUGGACUCUGACUUACGGCCUGUCCGUUUUACUUUAUGGUCGCUUGUCCGACAUCUUCGGUCGCAAGUGGAUCACCAUCUGGUUGAAUGUGUCUGGUGUCGUCGGCGCCAUCGUGGGCGCCACAGCGCAAUCGGUCGAAGCACUGAUCGGGGCCAACAUUUGCACCGGCAUCUCCGCGGGAGCCCAGCUGUCGUCUCCCACGAUUCUGGGAGAGAUAGUCCCCAACCGCUAUCGCACGCCUAUUGUAGGCUUGGUGUUUUUCUUGACCUUCCCAUGGGCGACGUUCGGUCCGCUCAUCGCCCGUCUGUUCAUUCUUCACACCGCAGCCACCUGGCGCUGGAGCUACUACAUCGGCAUCAUCUUCUCCGGCCUGUCGACCGUGUUGCUGGUGCUUUGCUACAAUCCGCCCAGAUACACACAACUACAUGUGCACGGCAAGUCCGAGUGGCGGCAGUUUCUCGAGCUCGACUGGGGUGGUCUAUUCCUCUACAGCGCCGGCCUUGUCAUUUUCCUUAUAGGACUCUCGUGGGGUGGACAGGUCUACGAUUGGUCAGAUGCCCAUGUGGUCAGCACGAUCAUCGUCGGGGGAAUUUUGUUGAUCCUGUUCGGACUAUACGAGCAAUAUGUGGUCAAAGGUCACGGCCUGAUGCCACCCCGUCUGUUCAAGAACAUCGGCUUCAUCGCGGUCGUGACGACGUCGUCUGUCGGCGGCAUGGUCUAUUUCAGCAUGACGGUCAUGUGGCCCACUAUUGUUGGCACCGUAUUUACCAGCGACAUCAUCUCGAUUGGAUGGCAGUCGGCCGUGGUGGGAGGCGGUGUCAUCUUCGGCCAGGUCUUCAGCGGCCUGUGCAUGGCGGUGUUGCCCAAGCUCAAAUACCAAGCGAUCCUCUCGUCGACCCUUGCCGCAACCUUCACCGCAGCUCUCGCGAGUAUCAGUCCGGCUAGGCACGCCUCGGCCAUCGCAUUUGGCGUGAUUGCCACGUUCAGCGUCGGCUUCAUCGACAACGUUGGAUUCGCAGGAGUCUCACUCCUGGUCGAACCCUCAGACAUCGGCCUGGCAUGUGGCGUCCUGGGUUCCCUACGCACGAUCGCAGGCUCGGUAGCCCAAGCACUGUACAUCUCCAUCUCCACCACCGAAAUCACCAAGAACCUGCCUGCCUUGAUCGCGCCCGCGGUCGUGCAAGCCGGCUUACCCCAGACGUCGCUCCCGGCACUCUUUGCAGGUCUCACGACGGGCGACUUCAGCGCCGUGCCAGGAGCCACUCCCGAGAUCCUCGGAAUCGCCGCCGAGCAGGCGAAACUGGCCUACGCCAAGAGCUUCCGCAUGGUCUUCUUCGCGACGAUCCCCUUCGGCGUCAUCCUCAUCGUCAUGUCGUUCUGGGUCCCCAACAUCGAAAAGUUCCUCCACAACAACGUCGCUAGGAAACUGCAAUUUGGCACGAAACGGGGCCACGAAACGGAUGAAAAGGUUCACGAGCAAGUCUAG